CGGCAACCUCAUCAUCCACACCAUAUACGAUAAACGUCACACUACUUAGAGCGAAACGGUGGAAACUGUUACAGCGCUGGAUUUCGGUGACCAGAAAUAACAACUUGGGGACCACUAGAGAGGGCCCCCAACCGAGGAAGACCGCCGAAAGGCGGUCACCAAAUCAAGCAUGGAGCAGUUCGAGCAGCUGCUAACCUGUGCAAUAUGCCUGGAUCGAUACAGAAAUCCGAAGCUCUUGCCAUGUCAACACAGCUUUUGCAUGGAACCGUGCAUGGACGGCCUUGUCGACUAUGUUCGUCGACAGGUCAAAUGUCCGGAAUGUCGUGCCGAACAUCGUAUACCAUAUCAGGGCGUGCAAGCCUUUCCGACCAACGUGACACUGCAGCGAUUCCUGGAAUUGCAUAUCGAGAUCACGGGAGAAUUACCGGACCCGACCAGCGGUCAGACCAUGGAACGCUGUGGCGUUUGCUCUGAGAAGAGUUACUGUCAACUGUGCGUGCAUUGCGAGAAGAAAUGCUGUCCCGAAUGUAAAGAUGCACACAUGGAUAUUCUGAGACGCGAAAUUACCCGCAUCAAUUCUCAGGUGCGCAGAGGAUUGCACAGGCUGCAGGACGCGCUGGCCCUGGUGGAAAAAAACACGUUGGGCCUGCAGACAAACUGCGCUUCGGUCGCCGAGGAGGUGGAUGAGAUUUAUCGGAGGCUGAGCAAGGCUUUGAAAGACCGUACGGAACAUCUGCGUAACGAGGUCGAUCGAUACCUCGGCACCGAGCUCAGAGGCCUGAUUCAGCUCAAAGAGAAUCUCGAAUUGGAAAUCGCGAAUAUCCAGAGCAACUGCGAUCUGGCGGAGGCGCACAUAAAUGAAAACGUGCCAUGGGACGACGCUGAGCUCCUGGACACAAAGGAGCUCUUCCUGCGUACGGUGGAAUUUAUCAGGAACUUCGAAUAUGAGGCGGGGGAUUACAACCGACGAGUCCGCUUCGUGAUGGCGCACGAUCCGAAUCAACUUGUCCUUCACGUGGCGGGUUAUGGCGAAUUGAACAUUAAACCGGAAAGCGGGAGCGGCGGAUUGUUGGGUAGCUCCAGCAGUUUAGCCCCACCGGUGGGUUCGCCUGGUCUUAUGAGAAGCAAGAGCGAUCACCGUCUCGCCUCGCAAUACAGGCAGCAAGAGGAGGAACGACUGGCAAGGAAUCGAUACGUUCCCGAAUAUGAGUACGAUGCCCCGGAGUACGAGGUACCCAGGAACAAGUCCAGGUAUAGAAGUCGAUUUAUGCGGCAUCGGGACGGUGACGAUUCCGACGGUGACUCCAGAUCGACGGUGAGAUUCACGUCGGCGCCGCCGGAGUCGUCCAGCUUACGGGAACGCGUUCUGGACACGGAGGAUGCCGCACGCGGUCCGUUGUCCGGCAUAUUUCGCUUGACAGACUCGCCACGAGUCAUGAAGAAGCUGCAGGAGUGCGAGCGGGCUGGCAAGCGGAAGAAGGAGGAACCGGCUAGCCAGCCCAUGCCGCAACCACAACCACCUAAGCCGCAGGUACAAGUGAGAAAGGUACCGACCGCGAUGGCGAGACAGACAAGCGAGGACGACGAGAUCUCGAGGAUCAAGAAGCAGAACAAGAAUGCCGCGGCGACUGCCGUCCACGCCGAGACGGUAGAGGAGAGACAGCCGAUUUCGAUGCCCGCCCCCGUUCAUCCGCCACCACGGGAACUUCCGGAACGGGAACCCGAGGAACAACCGGUCAGAAGACCGGCUAUUGUCAGGAGAACUUCGGAAACUCACGCACCCCCCGCGGCCAGGAGUGCCUCGUCGGACUCGAGCACCGGAUCCGAGAGCUCGGGGGGAUCAGGGAUACGCAAUACGGGCGCGCCGUUCACGGCCGAGGAGAUGAAACAGAAGUACCUGUCGAGAGCACCCCCGACCAGCACGACGACUACUAUCUCCACCACAACCGGUAGAGAGCCAUCGAACACUGCCCCUCCGACUCCCAGACCACCGUUUCAGAGCCGUUUUUUAGGCGCAGGUAACCGUGCGGCUCCACCACCGCCGGUUCAGACGCCGCGUGAGGAACCAGUGGCGAAGAAGAAGGAAGAGGAGGAGGAUGAAGAUGAAGAGAAGAGCAGCUCUUCCGAGGAGACGGAGUCGGACACAGAGGAAGAGUCGGAAACAGACGGUCAUCCGUCCAAGACUACUCCAACUACGACUUCCGCUGCUUCUCAAGAUCGUCAGAGAAGCGAAUCCGCCAUGGCGCGCACUGACAUUGGGCCUCUUCUUGCUCGCAGUGCUGAAGCUAGGAGAGGAAGCAAGGAAGAUUCGCCUUCCACCAGGUAUUCGUCGCCGAGGGGCAGCCCCGCGCAAUCCGUGACGACGAUGACGACGACGAUGACAACGCCGAGCGGCGGCGGCGGCGCCGCGAUGACGACGACGUCGACGCCGGGCGGCUACACCAGCAGGGCGUUUAGCGCGGACGGUACCGACGAAAGGUGCUCGGCCGGUCGUGUCGACGACGCUAAAGUAAUCGCGGCUACGGCUACGGUCGCGGAUUCCGCUUAUGACGCCGACGGGGACGUGCUUAAACCACAAGCGACGAACACUAGCUCGGCACAAACGGACGUUAUUACGGACAAAUCGACCACCUCAUCCACCUCUUCCUACCUCGCGAUAAGCGAACCCGAAAGUCUCCUCGGGAAUAGCCGCGACGAUAGUCGAGUUACGAGUGCGACACCCGAAGACGACGACGCAUUAGUGCAAGAUCGUUCCGGGAACGGAGAGAGUCGCAGUCGGAACGAAUCUACUCUCGCGAUUGAAGAUGAUUCUGACACGAGAAGAAACGCCACAGAAGAAAUGACAUCUGAAAAGCGUGACUUUGAGGACGUUCCUAGUUUCUUCCAAAUCGUCGUAGAAGAUGUUGAUGCAUCUGUCGCCGAGAAGUCUAUGUCGGAUUCUACGAAUCAAAUCGUUGAGAUGAUCGACGAGAUCGAGCAUAGAGAUCGCUCGAGGUCCAAAGAGUCUCACAGCAUUUCCGAAUGUUCGAGUUCCGUUAGUGGCCGAACGAUGUCCUACAGCGAAUCGGAAAGUGAUUCCGAAAGUGGCUCCGAGGAGGAAAACGAGGAAGAAGAUGAGUCUCGAGAUGAAAACUGCAACGUGAAAAAUAAAAAAAAAGAGAAUAAGAAGGACGAUAGAAAUUACGACGAUAACGAUAACGCGGAAAGCCAGGCUAACGAGGAGAAUAAAGAGUCCUCGAACUCCGACAGUGACGAGGAAACCACGGUACUGAGUAUUAGCUCGAACAUCCAAGGCGAAAGCAGCGCGACGCCUGACGACCGUUACGAGAGGGAUCUGAAGCGCCGGAGCGCCUCUAUAAUCGACGAGAGGAGCAUCGAGGAGAUGUUCGACGACAAUGGCUGGGUGGUGACGGAGCAGGAUUUAGAGCAGGAUUUACCGAACGAUCCGCAAACGGUAUCCACGAUCCUGUUGGAUUUUCCUGAAUCUACGGUCGAUCGCCCAUCUGAACAGACUGCAAGCUAUAUCGGCGACGUCAACGACGCAGCAGGGACACGUACCGACGAAAUUAUUCCAAAAAUUGCCGAAGAGAGACACAACGAGACGUCUAGCAACCUCGAGGAUUCCUCCACACGGUCGAGCAUCACCAUCGACGACGCUGAGAUGGUUCCCUCGAGCGAAUGGCAAGGGUUCGAGGUUCCGUCGAGAAGUCGCGUGUACAGACAGAGCAGUCUGGGUAAGAAUGGAUGGCUGGUCUCCGACGAGUCGGAAAGCGAGUCCGAUCGGGCAACCUCUCCAAUUGAAGCUUCUCCCGAUCGAGGCGUCACUAGAACCGAGUCCGCGAACGAAGCGAUUGGGUUCGACGGGAUUGAAGAUACGGGCGACAUCGAUGAGAACGGGUGGGUUAUACUUGACGACGACGACGACGAUGACGACGACAAUGACGAUGAUGAGCUUGACGAAGAGCUCGUAGAAGCUAGCAGCGCGCAGGAGAACACGAUUCGUUCUCAAACGAUUGACAUCGUAGGCUCAAAAACUAACAUUGAGAAUGGUGCGUUAGUCGCGGACGUUAAGCGGUCGAAGGGCACCGAGCAGUCAGGGCCCGACGAGCACGAGGAAACGCCCGGUGCCAGUAUGAGUGUACCGAUGCAAAUGGAUGUCUCACGAAUCUGUGAUAAAAAGUGCGGCACAUCGGUGGUUCCCGAUAGUUGCACUCAUCCAUGGAGCUGGAAUCGAAUCAGAUCAGUGGCUGCUUCAUUCUUGAACAAGAGCAGGAGCCAGGCAAUGAUGGCAUCUCGCGAACGGGAACGUGAACGCGAACGCGAACGUGAACGCGAACGCGAACGCGAACGUGAGCGUGAACGCGAGCGAGAGCGAGAGCGCGAUCGCGAGCGGGAACGCGAGCGGGACGUGGACGCGGAAAUCGACUCGCCCUUGUCGACGAGAUCCCGCUACGCAGCUCUGAAGGAACGCCGACAACGUCUUGCCCGUUCCAGAAGCUCGCACAACUUUGGCGGCGACGACCUUGACCUGGACGAAGAACCACCGUCGCCAACAACCCAGUCACCGAAUGCUUACCUGGCGGCGAAGUACGGCGCCGGCUCCGAACUGGCACGGAGUCGCAGCACCCACGCCCUAAAGUCAAGAGAGCCGAGCCCGGAACGUGAUCGACCGGGCACGGAAAAGGACGGCGCGGCAUUGAGCUCUUGGGCCAGAUACCUCAAGAAUAAAUACGGUAACCGCACCACAAAGGACAAGGAACCGCCCUCCUCGUCCUCCACGAUACCUUCGUCCAGCACCAGCGCGGCUUCGCGAAGAUUGUCGUUAGGUUUGCCUUUAAGGCACACCGGGCAAACAUCCUUUGAAUCUUCUGACGACGACCAAAAAAACCCGUCAGGCUCCCCCACGUCCCCUACAGCAGCUCCCGUUAUACCCGCGGCAGCAGGUUCCUCCACUAGCAAUGGUCGGAGGAGUCAUUACUUGCUGAAGCGGCGGCAGCUGUUUAAGUUUGGGAUGCGGGGGAGCGAAGCCGGAUGCUUUACCUGGCCGAGAGGCCUCGCAGUCGGCCCGGACAACUCCAUCGUCGUGGCCGACAGCUCCAACCAUCGUGUUCAAGUAUUCGACGGUAAUGGGAACUUCAUGAAGGAGUUCGGAACGUACGGCAGCAACGAGGGUGAGUUCGAUUGCCUUGCCGGGGUGGCCGUAAACCGAAUCGGGCAGUACAUCAUCGCGGACCGCUACAACCACAGGAUCCAGGUGCUCGAUCCAUCCGGCCGCUUCCUACGGGCCUUCGGCUCUCAGGGCACCGCUGAUGGCCGAUUCAAUUAUCCUUGGGGCAUCACCACCGACGCCCUGGGAUUCAUCUACGUAUGCGACAAGGAGAAUCACCGCGUACAGGUAUUUCAAUCGGACGGUACGUUUGUGGGUAAAUUCGGCUCAUGCGGUAGCGGACGCGGCCAGUUAGAACACCCGCACUACAUCGCGGUGAGCAAUACCAAUCGAGUGAUCGUCAGCGAUGGCAACAAUCACCGCGUGCAGAUAUUUGACGUGAACGGCCGCGUGUUGACGUCUUUCGGUUCGGAGGGCUCAGACGAAGGCCAGUUCAAGUUCCCGCGGGGUGUCGCCGUAGACGAUCAAGGCUACAUCAUCGUCGCCGACUCUGGCAACAACCGUAUACAAAUUUUCAGCCCCGACGGCGCUUUCCUCAAGUCCUUCGGCUGUUGGGGCAGCGGCGAUGGUGAAUUCAAAGGUCUCGAGGGUGUAGCCGUCACGUCAACAGGCAACAUCGUCGUCUGCGAUCGCGAGAAUCACCGGGUUCAAGUAUUCUGAGUUCGUUGAUUAUUAACACUGAAGGAACUCUGAUCUUUUAUCAAACGAAUACCUAUUGUAUUGGCCGAUAUUUGCGUUUAUUAGCACUUUUAAUAAUGAGCAAAUAUUCAGAAAAUAUUUUUAGACAACACCGCAUAUUUGAAUAAAAGAAUACAUUGAUGCCUACAAGUCUGAAUAAAUAUCUGCGAAGUUAAAUGCCAAUAAUUUCCAAUAGUUUACUCGCACCAACUUUUCAAUCUAAAAUUUCUAACAAAUAUUUAGCAAAGCUCGAAAUUGAAAAAAAUAAGAAAUAACGUAAUUUUAUUAU